AAUUGAUUCAGUGACACCUCCGCAAGUUUGAGGGGGAUUUGGUGUUGAACCUUCCAAGUGACGUCAUGUCACCUGCUGCCGCGUGACGUCACGAGACACCAGGAAGCUGCCGAUCUACGCGCGCGCUCACUGGGAUACGAGGUGCGACCUCGGCACCUGUCGUGGGCUCCCAUCACCGGGGCCACAGUCCCCAGGGUCGGCAGGAGCUGAGUCGCCGACUCGUCAUCGUCAGAAGACACUGCAGCUGAUGCUUCCUCUGCAGAAUUGGUCUGAUGAAGCAAAGGCAUUCAGCCCAGCUUGGUGCAAAAAGUCAACAAUGCGACCAGUAUGCAAACAGCAUGGAUCAUUCUGGAAAUUUGACACAGCACCAGAGAACUCACACACGAGAGAAACCAUUCAAGUGCACUGUGUGUGAGAAGACAUUUGCAUGGUCAUCAGUUCUUCAGAGCCACCAGAGAACACACACGGGAGAGAAACCCUUCAAGUGCACUCUGUGCAGGAAGGCGUUUGCAGAGUCAUCACAUCUUAAAAUACACCAGAGAACACACACGGGAGAGAAACCCUUCAAGUGUAGUGUGUGUGGGUAUGCAUUUUCAGAUUCAUCACAUCUUAAAAGACACCAGAGAACACACACAGGAGAGAAACCCUUCAGGUGCACUCUGUGCGGGAAGCUGUUUGCAGUGUCAUCAUAUCUUAAAGAACACCAGAGAACACACACAGGAGAGAAACCUUUCAAGUGCACUGUCUGUGAGAAGGCAUUUGCAUGGUCAUCAGGUCUUCAAAUCCACCAGAGAUCACAUGCGGGAGAGAAACCUUUCAAGUGCAGUGUUUGUGGGAAGUCAUUUUCAAAGGCAUUUACUCUUAAACGACACCAGAGAACACACACAGGAGAUAAAUCCUUCAGGUGCACUGUGUGUGAUAAAGCGUUUGCAAAGUCAUCACAUCUUAAAAGACACCAGCGAACACAUACAGGAGAGAAACCUUUUAAGUGCACUGUUUGUGAGAAGGCAUUUUCACAGUCAUCAAGCCUUCAGAACCACCAGAGAACACACACGGGAGAGAAACCUUUCAAGUGCAGUGUCUGUGGGAAGGCAUUUUCAAAGGCGUUUACUCUAAAAAUACACCUGAGAACACACACAGGAGAGAAACCCUUCAAGUGCACACUGUGUGAGAAGGCGUUUAUACAGUCAUCAGUUCUUCAGAGCCACGAGAGAACACACACAGGAGUGAAACCCUUCAAGUGCAGUGUGUGUGGGAAGGCAUUUUCAGGUUCUACUGCUCUUCAAAAUCACCAGAGAACACACACGGGAGUUAAACCCUUCAAGUGCACUCUGUGUGGGAAGGCAUUUUCAUAUUCAUCUACUCUUAGACAACACCAGAGAACACACACAGGAGAGAGACCUUUCAAGUGCACUGUGUGUGAGAAGGCAUUUGCACAGUCAUCAGUUCUUCAGACCCACCAGAGAACACACACAGGAUAUAAACCCUUCAGUUGCAGUGUGUGUGGGAAGGCAUUUUCAGAUGCAUCUACUCUUAAAAAUCACCAGAGAACACACACAGGAGAGAAACCUUUUAAGUGCACUCUGUGUGGGAAGGCGUUUGCACAGUCAUCAAAUCUUCAGACCCACCAGAGAACACACACAGGAGAGAAACCUUUCAAGUGCACUGUGUGCAAGAAGGCAUUUGCACAGUCACCACAUCUUCAAAGACACCAGAGAACACACACGGGAGAGAAACCCUUCAAGUGCAGUUUGUGUGGUAAGGCAUUUUCAGGUUCAUCUACUCUUAAAAAUCACCAGAGAACACACACAGGAGAGAAACCCUUCAAGUGCAGUGUGUGUGGGAAGGCAUUUUCAGGUUCAUCUACUCUUAAACAACACCAGAGAACACACACAGGAGAGAAACCCUUCAAGUGCACUCGGUGCGGGAAGGCGUUUGCACAGUCAUCAAUUCUUCAGACCCAUCAGAGAACACACACCGGAGAGAAGCCCUUCAAGUGCAGUGUGUGUGGGAAGGCAUUUUCAGGUUCAUCUACUUUUAAACAACACCAGAGAACACACACAGGAGAGAAACCCUUCAAGCGCACCGAGUGCGGGAAGGUGUUUGCACAGUCAUCAAAUCUUAAUACACACCAGAGAACACACAAGCAUCAGAAAAUCCACAAGAAAUGUAAUCUGAAAUCAGCUUGUGAAAGUCAGAGUGCUGCAAUGACCCCAUUGUUCAUGAAACAAGAACCAGAAGAAAAUUCCAGCUUGGACACUUUGAAAGAUAUCAAGGUGAAAUAUGAAGAGGUGAAGGUGAAAUGUGAAGAAGUAACGGUGAAGAGCGUAGAUGUGAAGGUUAAAUUUGAAGAUGAUUCAACUCCAAAAUUGGACCUUCACAUAGAUGGAGGCAGCGUGAAGCAGGAGGAGAAUUCUGACUGUGAUGCAGAGCGAGGCAACUCCCAGCAGUUUGUGGAUGUGGAGGUGUGGGUGGACUUCUUAGACAAUACAAAGUCAAAUAGAGACCCUGUAGAUGUGUAAUCUUGAGACAAUUAAGCUCCAACGGAUGCACCUUUGUCACAGGCCUUUCUAAUGAAAAUAAUGUGACGUUGAACACUCAAUUUCUAGGUUCAAACUGCAGUGUAAGAGUGGCCAGUAUUUGUGGACCUGUGAGUUGGGUCGAUUUCUAACCAGGAGCGACUCAAGUGUUUUGUAUCAUAUAUCAUCUUGAACACUCGAAGGGUGCCCAUAAUGGGCAUCUGCCCCUGUGUGCCGCAAGGUGAUCGUUCACUGGCCUGCCUGUGGAUAUGAGUUUGUAAGUCGGGGGCGAUGACUGAUAAGCCAGUCGGAUUUGAACCUUGAACCUCUGCAACAAAUAUAGAAUGUACUACUACUUGGCUUCCCUCUAUAAGAGGUCAUAGUCUGAGCUUUGCUCUGUUUCACUCCAGCGCAGUCUUCGAGACAGGCUGGUCCCUUCACCUGAUGAAGGCUGCUUGUGUUGUGGCCGAAACGUGAUUUUUUUUUUUACCUACGUGACUUUACCGAAUAGAACCAAAGAGUAUGGAUCCUUGCAGUCACGAAAGCUUCAAAUCUAGAAAAGAUCAACUUUUAAAUACGUUGCAACGUUAUGCAGUACAUUUCAGUAUACAGGUAGUCCCCGACUUACGAUGGAGAUGCGUUACGACGACCCCAUCGUAAGUUGAAUAUAUCGUAAGUCGAAAAUGGCCUAGCCUACCCAGGAGUCUUAAA